AUGGGAAAAGACAAGCACGUUUCAGGAAAUCUUGAGCCUUCAAUUCUUCCAAGACAGAAAAGUUCUUCUGCGUCUAUUAUAAAGAAUCCCUUGUCGACGUGCUCUUCUAAGGAUUGCAUCACGCCAACUCCAGAUGGAAAGAGGGCAUCCUUGAGCGCCAAUCCCAACGAAAUCGCACUUCCUCAGUUGCCUCGCAGACAGACCGUCUCACAUCUCGAUCUCUCCUCGAGACCCACUUCAGCCGAUCAAUGUCAUUAUAGGAGUUAUCCGCGGGUGGCAGGUUUUUCUGAAAAAGCAGUUGAGCUUCCUUUUCGGUGCACCGAGGAGCAAUUUCUGGAGACGAUUUUACACAGAUUCCCACAAGGAGUCUGCUGGUAUAUAAACAAUGGCCGGCUGUUCUUUGUGAAUCCAUUCAGUGACAUAUCCUCUUCGAAAAGAAGAUCAAGCCCGGCUAUUUCAACUAUCUCUCUAUCUCUUCUCAAGCAAAGAAAUGCUGCGCUCAUAAUGAGAGGCAUUUCGGGCUCCGGGAAAUCGCAAAUUGCCGAACUUGUUUCCCUCGAUAUCGCUCACCGACUCUGUCGUCGAGAAAACGCAUUUGCUAAGCUUCAAGCUGCCUUUAUCGCUCUUCGUCCCUUUAUUACAGUAAACAACAAGCACAACAAUCAAUCCUCCAGUGCAGUUGCUCAUAUGGAGUUCUGUAUCCGACGUGGCCGUCUUGUGUGUGUUAAGCUCAACCACUUCAUGGUGGAUUCACCAAGCCGAGGGUGCAGGGCAAAUAUUUUUGCUAUGCUCGCCAAUGAUUUGGAUGAGCAUGAUAAGGAAAAGUACCGUAUAUCCGGCUUCCGUUUGAAGGAUAACCACCAAGGUUUUGGCAACGUUGUGGACCUCAGCGCAGCUCUUACUCAACUUGAAAUUUUUCCUGAAGAUGUUUUCAAGGUGGUUUCUGCUUGCAUCCUUCUAAACAAUCUGUCAUUUAAAGAAAUCAACGAUUCUGUUGAUAUCGAAAAUCUAAGCGGUUAGUC